UCUGCUUUCUUUCAUUCCUAGGAAGUGAAGCACAUGACCCGAGCCAGCUGAUGUCCAAUACUCGUGCAAAGUUCUGUGCGCUCCGAGUAGUUUAGCGACUUGAGGGGCGGUUGGACUUUUGAUGCUGGAGAUCGGCUACAGUGACUAACCACUUUUGAUACAGCAGGUCUUGGCUUGGCAAUAGCGAAAUGGCCACAGAGAAACAUCGUAAAGGCUAUCGAGUUGGAAUACAGCAACAAGGCUGACAGCGCUUUCUGAUUUUGACGUUAUUUUGAAAUGGAACCGCGGACGCAGGACCCAGCGGGAGAGGCUGUGACGAGGGUCAACAGAGAGACCGGGGAGCUGAGUGCGUCCGGGGAGUUGGCUCUUCCAGUCCAGACGGCAGAUAAGCUGGAGGGAGUCGAGGACAACCGGGCCCCACGGGCCCCGGGGCCGCUACUGAAGGCUCUGACCCAACUGUUACACGAGCUGAGGACUGCUGCUGGCCCCGGCCCCGACCACAGCCAACGGGAGCGUCUCCUGGAGGCCCUGGCUCUCUACAGACAGCUCGGUGGGGCUGGCGUCCGGGCCGAGGGACUGGACCUCAGCGGGCUCCGUGCGCUCGCGUCUGAAGCCGUGGUGCUGGACAUCAACAGCAGACUGACUGAGAAACCCGCAGAGGAGGCUCGUCACGAGGUGGUGGAAUUCUUCCAGAAGGUCGCUCCUGAGGCAGACACCCCAGCCAGAGCCAACCCAGGGUGGCUCCUCCUGGGCUCCCUGCAGUCUCUGCUGGCCGCGGAGAGCUCGGAUGUCUUGUCGAGGAUCAAGCCGGACUUCCCAGCUGCGCUGGUGAAGUGUCUCUAUCUGCUGGUGUGCCUCCCAGCCAGGAACAACAGCACUCCCAAGGAAGAGACCUUCCAGGACCUUCUAACACAGGUGCUCCUGCAGCUCUGCAGGGCGCCCGCGUGCGUGGAGACGAUGGUGGACACCCAGGAGCUGCAGUGUCUGAUGAUCGGCCUGACGUCUCUCUGGGACCAGACCAGCGGGCCCUGGAGGCUCCAGGCCUCCCGCGUGCUCAGGGCUGUGUCGGCCGCACGGCCACGCAACGUCGUCCCGGCCCUGCAAGCCAGGAACAGCGUGAGGCUGUGCCUCCACAACCUGCAGGUGAUCCUGGCGGAGGUCCCGGGCCCGGUGCUGGCCGAGGUGGCCGUGGCCGUGCUGGGCUUCGUGGCGGACAGCUACCCCCUCAGCCCCGCCCUGUUCCUGGAGUUCGAGGCCAACGGCGGCUACGUGGCCGUCGAGAACAUCCUCAAGCGCUGUGAGUCGGGUGUGAGUGCGGACCAGUUCCAGCCGGUGGAAGACCUGCUGUCGCUGGUGGCGUCCCUCACGCUGUGCGGGAAGGCGGAGAUCAAGGUGGCCCUGUGCGUCAGCAACCCCCAACCCCCGGGCUUCAAGUUUGACCCCCCACUCACUAAAGGUUCUGAGAUGAAGAACCUCCAGGCCUUCAUGCUGCUGCAGGGUUCCAUGCUGCGGUCAGAGGACGCGGCGCUGGGCUGCGCCGUCCUGCGGACCGUCAGGAGGAUCUGGGAGUGGAGCCAGGCCAACUUCUUCCUCCUGGAGUGGAGCCUGCAGUCGCUGGCCCAGUUCGCCUCCUGUGUCUGGAGGAAGCCCGCCCCGGUCCACGCGCUGUUCUUCUCUCUGCUGGAGAUGGUCAUAUUUCAGCUGAACUACAUCCCCCACGAGACCUUGCGGGCCUUGCUGGCGGUGCUGAACCAGAGCUGGACCGGGGCGCUCGUGUCCGGAGGGGAGUUCCAGCUGGCUGCUCUCAGCUGUUUCCACGGCCUGGCUGUGAGGAGCGGCCUCCUGGCCGAUGUCCUGAGUGAAGGAGGUCUGCUGGAGCACCUCCUGGGAGAACUACGCAGGAGAGCCAAGAUCCUGAGGAAGGGCGGUGUGGCCCCGGCAGCCCCAACAGGGGACCUGAAGCCUUCCUCGUGCGUGGAGGAGAGUGAGACGGUGCUCACCAGCUGCAUGCUGGAGGUGGUGGCUUCCUUUACGCUGCGCUCGGUCCGGAACACAGUCACGGUGCGGGACCGGGGUAUGCUCCCCUACAUUAAGAUCUUCGUGGACGCGGAGCAGUACCGGGCCCCCACCCUCAGCAUCCUGGAGCAGCUGGCGGAGGUGAACCCCGAGGAGUUCAUGAGCACGGCUGUCGGAGCGCUGUGCUCGUCCACGCAGCAGGAGCUCGGCCUGAAGAGGGACCUGCUGCAGUCGGUGCUGAGGGUGAUAGAGAGCCCCCACAGCUGGGAUGCCUUCAGGCGGGCGGGGGGCUUCACCGGGCUGCUGUCCCUGGCGGUGGAGAUGGAGGGGGCCCUCUGCCACCCCCCCCAGGGCCCCGUGUGGGACAGCCUGAACCAGCAGGCCGCCCUGGACAUCCUCCUCUCCACCCUCCACAUCCUGGCGCUGGCCGUGUGCCUGCACCCCGUCAACGCGCACCACUUCCACACCGGCGGCUUCUACGAGAAGCUGGCCGACGCCCUGCUCCAGCUGGGCUGCUUCCAGAGGGCGCGGCCCGGUCCAGGGGCCCGCCGGCGGUCCGGGCGCCGCUCCCCUGACGCCCCCGAGUACAAACCCUCCCGCGGGGUCAGCUUCCAUAAGUUUGUCGAGCUGGCGGAAAAACCCGCAUCUGCUCCUUCUUCUUCUUCUCCUUCUUCUUCUUCUUCGUCUCCUCCCCCGCCCGCGGCCGGGGGGGCGGGGCCCGUCCUGCCCCCCACUCUGCGGACCUGCCUCAGGCUGCUCUCCUCCCUGGACCAGUUCGCCACGGGGACCUACUGCGCUCCGGAGGCGGCGCCGGAGGCCGAGGUCAAGCCGAGGGACGGAGAGGUCAAAGGGCAGGCGGUCGCCGGGCCGGCGGGGACGGACACGCUGAACGGCGGCCCGGAGACAGACGGGACGUCCCAGGACCACGGCGCCGGGAGGCCCAGACGCCCCAGCUCGUCCCUGGUCUGCUCCGAGUCCCAGCUAAGGUUGACCUGCGACCAUACCAUCGUUAACCCCGGGGCCAUCCGGGUUAUCAUCAGCCUCCUGCCCUCCAUAUUCAGCCCAGAGGACCCUGAGCUCUCGAUGGAGGUCCAGUACUCGGUGGCUCAGCACAUCCAGGCCAUGGUGAAGUCCGAGCGCAACCGGCAGAUCAUGUGCGAGGGGGGGCUGGUCUCCACCCUCCUGGCCCACUGCGGCGGCAUACUGCUGGACACCCUCCACCCGCUCAGCAUGCCCAUCACGCGCAUCCUGGAGAAGCUGGCGUCGCAGGCCAUCACGCUGCCCGACUUGAGGGCUUUCCUGUGUUUAGGAGACCCUCUCGUGUGUUUGAAGGAGAAAACGGCCAGAAACUCUUCCAAGGAGCGUCAUGUGCCUCCUCAGUCUACCUCAAACGAGACGGACGCCCCCGGCGCCCCCCCGGCUCCCCCGGCGGGCCAGGCUCUGCAGCGCUCCUUCAGCCUGCUGAGCUCGCCGUCCGAGGGCUGCACGCUGCCCCUCCACCACAUGGUCAGCCUGGUGUCCAUGACCUCGCCGCGCAGCUCCAGACCGCACCGGCUGUCCUCCUCGCCCGCCUUCGUGGAGUUCGACAUGACCGAGAGCGGAUACGGCGGUCUGUUCCUGCCCUCGCUGGCCACAGUGAAGGGAGUGAACGCCGAUGCCAUCCCGACAGGAGGAGUGGGAGGAGAGUGCCGCGGGUUCCCCCCGGCGGCCGGCCUGUCCUACUGCUGCUGGUUCCAGAUCAACCGCUUCAGCUCCGCGUGCGACUCACACCCCGUCCGCCUGCUGAGCGUGGUGCGCCACAUGUCGCGCUCGGAGCAGCAGUACGUCUGUCUGUCCGUCUCCUUCUCGGCCCACGACGGAUGCCUGGUCGUCUCCACGGAGGAGGAGCCCUUCACCUUCCUCGACAUGAUGGAGCCGGAUGUGACCACGCCCACCUCCCUUCCCGUGUCGGUGCGACUCCGCUGCCCCGGGGCGCUGACCCCAGGUCAGUGGCACCACCUGGCCGUGGUCCUCGCCAAGGACCUCAAGAAGAGCUGCAAGCUGAACGCCUACCUCAACGGCAAGCCUGUCGGGACGGCCAAGAUGCGUUACAUCCAGCCGUUCCCUGGCAGCCUCGUCUCCAUGGACCCCACGGCGGUGGUUGACGUGUGCGCGCUGAUCGGAACGCCGUCGGUGUGGAAGGAGCACGCGGCGCUGGUGUGGCGCGUGGGGCCCGCGUACCUCUUCGAGGAGGUCCUGAGUCCGGACGCCGUGGGCAGCGUCUACGCCCAGGGCACGGGUUACCUGGGCAACUACCUGGCGCUGGAGAACACUGGCCCCGAGGCCGAGGCUGUGACCCCGCCCCUCAGGCUGGUCACCGAGGAGAGGAUCUCGUUUGGCAUCAAUCCAGCUGUUACCACGGUGACCACUGUCGCACAAAUCAGGGAUGACUUUAACGAGGUGGACGGCAGACUCAUCGCCAAAGAGAUAGGAAUAGCGUCCAGGGACCAAUCGACCCCCGUGCUGCUGGUCCAGAACAUCAGCCAGCACCUCAACGGAACGGCCCGCACCAUCGGCGCGGCGCUGGUGGGACGCUUCGGCACGCGGACGUUCAGCCCCAGCAGCGCCUCCGACGGCUUCCUGUACACCGGCGGGCCGCAGGUGAUCCUCAGCCUCAUCGCCAUGGCGCCCGACGACGGCUCGCUGUACACCGCGGUGAAGGUUCUCGUCUCCGUGCUGGAGACCAACGCCGUCAUGCAGCAGGAGAUGAGCCGCAUCAGCGGAUACCAGCUGUUGACGUUCCUGCUGAAGAUGAAGGGCAGUAUGGUCAGCGGGAGAACGCUCCAGCUGGUUCUGUAUCUCUGCCGCUACGUGGAGCAGGGCCCGGGGUCGGACUACCUCUACAGCGCAGCGGCCUUCAGAUCUCUGCUCUGUAACUUGGAGAUGUGGCACAACUCCGCUAACAACCUGGACCUCUCGGUGCUCAGUCACUUAGAUGACAUCUUAAAGGCUUCAAGUGGGGAUCGGGCCGUGGCCAUGCGUGGUGAAGGCCUGCUGCAGAAGCUUCUCUUCCUGCUCUGUGACCCCGCUGUCACCGUUGGAAAAGUCAAGCUCGUCACGGGCAUCAUCACACGUCUCCUCAGGGAACACUUUGCCACCGGAGACAUAUCCAGACUCGGGCUCUUCCUGGUCUACAGUCUCCCGCCCCCCCGGUCGUCAGAGAGCUGUGAUUGGAGCUCUGACAGUGGGGUCCCUGGAAAGGACAUAGCAUGCCCUUUUCUGAUACGGAACCAGCUGUUACUCUCCCUCUGUGAACUCAUCUCAGACAGCUCUCUGAAUGUAGAGCAACAGGAGAGCCUGUUCCUAACGCUGGGCCAUGAUUGGUUCCUGCUGUUCCUGCAGCCUCACCUGCACCCCUCCACGGUGCAGCUGGGUCUGGUGCUGCUCAGCCACCUGCUGGCCCACCCCAGCCAGCUGGACGGCUUCAGGGAGGGGGUGCUGGCCGGCCCCCUCACAGAGAGCCCGGAGGAGCCCUUAGCCCUCAUGGACAACCUGCGGGCCCAGUCCUCGUCCUACGAGUGCGUCAGCGCCACCUGUCCAGGCUUCGACGUCCUGCAGAGCCUGCUGGUCGGCCACGCACACCUGCCGCAGGUGUACGGGGCGCUGGCCGCGCUGCUGCUGGGGAAGAAGGCCCGCCACGCCCCCGAGGGACAGCAGACGCUGGACGACAUCCUGCAGGCGGUCAUGGAUGACCCAGCAGGGGCCAGUGGACAGCAGCUGUGUCCCGAGGCCGCUGAGAUACUGCUGGAGCUGGUGAAGGUCAUCAUGACUCUGCCCAUCCAUUCUCUGGGCGACCAGUCGCCGGGCCCUGUUGCACCCUGGGAGUUGCAGUUUCCCGGGAGUGUGAUGCAGUUCCUCUGUCUGCUCCAUAACCGCAGACCCAAAGACCCUCUGUGGUCGUCUGCAGAGUUCCUCCACACACUGGCGGGCGUUGUGUUCCCCGUCGAUGUCCCUGAGCACGGGAGUGAACCCCACGAGGUCCCCCCUCAUGGGGGGGGCGAGGAGGAGUGGGACAACGGGAUCCAUCCCACCAGGAAGCAAGUGUGUGACUUCAUCCGCAUCCUGUUGAUGGACAGCCUGCUGAACGUUCCCGCAAGCCCCCAUAGCACACACCCCAUGCUGCUGCUACUGGAGUUCUCCCCUGCAGGCGCGUCCCUGGACCAGAGGCAGAGCUUCCAGACGGAGCUGCAGGAGUUCCUCAUGGAGAUCAUCUACAUGGUCAGCAGCGAGGAGGAGAACCCCACCCACCUCCACCCACAAGACACGUCGAUGGCCGUCCUGAUGGAGAACGUGGUGGUCUUCGGGAGGACCCUGGUGCAGCAGCUCUAUGGGGGAAUGUUCCUGGGAGAGCCGGAGAACCUGCUCGACUUCCUCGCUGACCAGAUUGUCGUGGCCCUGGAGAAGGGCCAGUCCCACCGCGAGAAGACCGUGUCGGCCCUCUACUCCUGCACAAACAAGGUCCUGCUCUACUUCCUGUCUCACCCACAGCGCUCGCAGUCGGAACAGGAAGUUGUCAUCAAAACUCUGCAAGCCCUGACCUCGCGCUGGGACGUGCUCAUGGCGACGUACAACGGCAACGUGUCCUUCAUCACCUGCGUCCUCUACUGUCUGCAGCUGAUACAUUCCGGCAGCUACCCAGAAGGUUUCGGCUGCGAGGUCCAGACCAGACACAAGAGGAGACGCAGGCUGUUUUCACAGGUGUUUCAUUUUAACAGCAAGCGCGCCGCAGCACUCCGCGGCCAGCGAGCGGACUCUGACCCAGCUGGAAGCGCUCUUCUGUGGUUGGUGCAGACCUGCUGGUGUAAGGUCAUGACGGAGAGGCAACACUUCCUGGAGGAGGCCUACAAGAUCGAGAUCUCGGCCAAUCAGACGACGGGGCCGGAGCCGCCCGGCGUCGGCGACGUCAGCCCCUUGUGGGAGGAGACUAUGAACAAAGCCUGGCAGAUCUACACGGACGCUGAGCGGAGGAAGCUGAGCAGCGGGCAGCAGAGGAAACCGGGGCUGAUCAGUACGGCGGUCCGCUCUGUGCUCAGCCGCCUGGGGAGGGGGGCCGCCUCCGUACAGGAGUUCCUGUCCUGCAUGGAGUGUCACCAACUGAGGGGCCACAGCGUGUUCGAGAGCAUGGAGGCCAACUACAAACAGCUGGGCGCCAGCGCGUGGGUGCGGACCGGCUCCAGGUGGCUCCAGGUGGAGGAGGAGCUGCUGCGGGAGCGCGCCCUCUUCGGCCCGGGGCCCGGCGUGCUGCUGGACCGGCGCUGGGUGCAGGACGAGGCCGAGGGCCCCAACCGCACCCGGCCGCGCAUCCGCAGGAGGGCCCAGCACCGCUCCAAGAAGCUGCCAGGGACGAGUCGUCUCCAUUCAAACUCCCGAUUGGCUGAGGAGAACCAGAACGGACUGGAAUCUGAGACCAGGAUCCUGUUGGAGGGAGCGCCAGGAGAGGAGGAGGAGGCGUGCCUGGACCCCGACCACCUGACCUUCUUCCCCUCGCUCACCGACACGCCCGCCACGCCCGCGGACUCGGCGGGGACCUGCGUGGCGACGCCCUGCUCCCACACGCACGCCUGCGCCGACAUGCACACCAUCCUGCAGGAGCUGGACCCUGGGGAGGAGGUGAAGGCCAGGCACUGUGUGUUGGUGGUGAGUGGCCACCGACUCUCUGAGGGCGUGCUGCUCUUUGGGAGGGGGAGCAUGUACCUGUGUGAGUCCUUCACCCUGAGCCCAGCAGGGGACGUCUGCUGCAGGAAGCACCACCCCAGCAGUGUGCAGGACUCCUUCCUCUCCACCCUGCUCGACGGUGACCCUCUGUCGGGGAGCUGCCGCCGCUGGCCCUACGCGGACGUGAAGGACGCCCGCUUCAUGCACUACCUCCUGGAGGGCAACGCUCUGGAGAUCCUGAUCACGGACGGACACUCGGUCUUCCUCGUCUUCCUGAACCGAGAUCACGUCUCCGUGUAUAAAAGGUUGUGUUUAGUCGUGCCGUCGUUAAAAGGCCUGGGGAUAGCUGAGGUCAUCGCGAACGCCAGGAAAAGCCCUGCGGUCGGAAAGAAGGAAAUGUUAAAAUGGCAGAGAGGGGACAUCAGUAACUUUGAGUACCUGAUGCAUCUGAACACGCUGGCCGGGCGGACCUACAACGACAUGAUGCAGUAUCCAGUCUUCCCCUGGGUCCUAGCUGACUACCUGUCAGAGACUCUUGAUCUCUCCAAUCCGGCGACGUUCCGGGAUCUGUCCAAGCCAAUGGGAGCCCAGACAGAGAAGAGGCGGGAGAUGUUUGUGGAGAGAUAUGAAGAGAUGGAGAACAGCGAUGGUGAUCUGUUGGCUCGCUGCCACUACUGCACCCACUACUCCUCCGCUAUCAUCGUGGCGUCAUUCCUGGUCAGGAUGGAGCCGUUCUCCAACACCUUCCAAACCCUCCAGGGAGGGUUGGACAUCCCCGAGCGGAUGUUCCACAGCGUGCGCUGGGAGUGGGAGUCGGCCUCCAGGGACAACAUGGGCGACGUCCGGGAGCUCAUCCCGGAGUUCUACUACCUGCCAGACUUCCUGAGCAACUCCAACCACAUCCAGCUGGGCUGCAUGGAGGACGGCACUGCUCUGGGGGACGUGGUGUUGCCCCCGUGGGCUAAAGACGACCCCCACGAGUUCAUCAGGGCCCACCGAGAGGCGUUGGAGAGCGACUACGUCAGCGCCCACCUCCACCUGUGGAUCGACCUGAUCUUCGGUCACCGUCAGCAGGGCUCUGCGGCGGUGGAGAGCCUCAACACCUUCCACCCCUACUUCUACGCCCAGCGGAGGACCAGGUCGCCCGACGUCCCGCUGGACCCCGUCGUCAAGAGCACCAUGCUGGGAUACGUCAGCAACUUCGGCCAGGUGCCCAAGCAGCUCUUCAGCAAGCCGCACCCGGCCCGCGGCGCGUCCAGGAAGGAGCCGGCCCCCCCGGCCCAUCCGCCUCCCUUCUUCUUCAGCCCCGAGAAGCUGAAGUCCGGCGGCCAGCCCUACAAAGAGCUGCCGAGGGGCCCGGUGGGGCAGAUCGUGUGCCUGGAGAAGGAGGUGCUGGUGCUGGACGGGCAGCGCCUGCUGCUGUGCCCGCUCUGGAGCUGCUGCUUCAGCUGGGGCUUCCCCGACAACAGCUGCGCCUUCGGGAACUACGCCACGGACAAGACCUUUGCGGUGUGUGAGCGUCUGCGUGACUGGGGGGAGACCCUGUGUGCGGCCUGUCCGGACCCCGGCACGCUGGUCACGGCGGGCAGCAGCACGGUGGUGUGUGUGUGGGACCUGGGGCUCGCCAAGGACAAGCUCACACACAUCAGGCUGCGGCAGCCGCUGUACGGCCACACGGACGCCGUCACCUGCCUGGCGGUGUCGCGGGGUCACGGGGUCAUCGUCAGCGGGUCCCGGGACCGCACCGCCAUCCUGUGGGACCUGGCCGAGCUGGGCUACGUGGCCCAGCUGGCCGGGCACGCCGCCGCGGUCACGGCGCUCGCCAUCAACGACCUCACCGGGGAGAUAGCGUCCUGCUCCGGGGCCCAGCUCUACCUGUGGACCAUGAAGGGACAGCUGCUGUCCCGCGUGGCCACGUCCUGCCGGCCCCUGGGGGACAUCCUGUGUGUGGGCUUCACGCAGACGCAGGAGUGGGACGCGCGCAACGCCCUCGUCACCGGCAGCGCCGACGGCGUUGUGCGGAUGUGGAGGACGGAAUACACCAGAACACCACCACCACCCCCACCACCGGCCGGAGCUGAGGCGCGUGCGUUCCCCGGGUCGGACCUCCACCCUCCGCAGCCGGAUGGAGCCGGGUGCUGUCCUGGCCGGGGCGGCGUCUGGAGCAGACAGCUGGUUCUGUGUCGGGAGCUCAACCGCAAUCAGACCGCCACGAGGCGCCGGAACAAACCCAACCCGGCCAUCACCGCCCUGGCCAUGUCCAGGAGCCACGCCACCCUGUUGGUCGGGGACGCGUGGGGGAGGGUCUUCACCUGGAUCUGCUCCUGAGAGGAGGAAGAGGCUGAUCCGUCCGCCUUUAUCGACCCCCCCCCCCCAUCUCUCCACACGCCGGGCGGGAGGAGAGACCGUCCCGCAAAUCAUCACAAUAUCAGUGUUCUCAGGAUCGUGUGUGUGUAUGUGUGUCUUUGUGUUUGUGCGUGUGUGUGUGUUUCGUGUGCGUGUUUCUUUGUUUUGUGUGUGUGUGUGUGUUUCGUGUGCGUGUUUCUGUGUUUUGUGUGU